AAUAAUAAAAUAUACUGUACACAUAUUCGUUCAGUCAUAGAAUUACACAAGCCAUCACAUGAGAUAUGAUGUAAUACAAAAAGUCAAACCAAAGAUACAGUAUAAGAAAUUCUUGUAUCGCCACCAAAACUUAACACACAGGAUUGGAACCAGGUAUUGCUUCCACAUUAAUUUAUAAUCUUUUAAUACAAGGACUUACAGAAAAACAACUACACAUAAGUUAUUAAUGUUUUCAGAUGCUGUUAAUUGAAUGUUUACAUAGCAUUAAGAAUGACAACUUAUUAUAAUUGACAAUAUAGGCACAAACAUAGCAAUUAAUGAUUUUUUUAUUAUUAAGACUAACUAAAUUAUCUAUGUGAUUUAAGUUCAUUUAAAAUGGUAAACAAAAACAACAACUUGUUUUUCCUGUUGUCUUAAAGUUUUUUGUUUGUUCAUAUUGAGCUGAAAUGUGUCUGGAUUCUCCAGUUUUCUUGUUUAUCUGACCUGUGCAACCUGCAAUGGACUAAAUUAAUCAGUUGUCAUUCAUACGACUCACUGUGUCUCCAGGUCAAUAAAACCUCGACUGGCCGGUUCGUCAUCAACUUGAAGAACAACGAAACAGAGUACUGCGGCUAUGUGGUCUACAACCCUUUAACUGAAUGGGGUCGCUUAGAGAGUGAGAAUGCCUCCUUCUGUGUCAGAAUGCCAAUUCGUCAUUCAACUGGCAAUGGUAGAGUGUAUUUUGUCUCCAGGAACUUUAACAACAUACUCCACUGGGAACCUGUGAAGCCUGCCGUCCCUGGGCAAAAGGUUCUCUAUAGCGUCCAGUAUUGGAGUGAUGCUGAGGAGCAGCCAUUCCAGAUAAAAGAGGAAUGUCACAACAUUACUGCUCUGUCCUGUGACCUGACUGCAGAAACCCCAUCUGUUCCUGACGUUCACUACCGGGCCCAGGUGACCGUUAACGGUAGCCUUCAUGGCCGCACCAACACGUUUAAACCUAUAGCAGAAACUAUUUUUGGUCCGCCCACCUUGUCUACAUACACAACGGUGUCAUCCUUGCAUGUUAAUGUCACCCUGCCCUUGGGGCCAAAUGGAGUCUCCAUUGCGGACAUCAUCAACAGAAGCAAAAACGGGCCCUCCAAAACUAUAAUUGUUUAUACCUUAAAAAUCACCUAUCCAAAGUGGGCUGCACAUGUCAAUAAAACCUCGACUGGCCGGUUCGUCAUCAACUUGAAGAACAACGAAACAGAGUACUGCGGCUAUGUGGUCUACAACCCUUUUACUGAAUGGGGUCGCUUAGAGAGUGAGAAUGCCUCCUUCUGUGUCAGAAUGCCAAGUGAUCUUCUGCAGCUUUUGCCGUGGCUUCUCGUGAGUGUUGCUCUUCUGGCGGCCAUAGUCAUACUGUUAGUUGUAUGUAUGUGCUACUAUGUAAAGGGUGGAAAGGAAAAGAGCAUACCACAGCAAUUGGUACCCAUACCCAGCACCUCGCCCAGAGUAAUGCAGUCUCCAGAUAGUAAUGUCAUCAUUUCCAAACUGGAGGUCUGUGUUCAAAGUGACAAAACAGUUUACGCAAUGAUCCGGGUGAAGCCAAAUGUGCGACCAGUUGAGGUUGGAGGUUAUUCUCCCCAGGACAUCCCCUGCCAAGCCUGGCAAGGCAGCAUUGGCUCCUCUGUAGGCACAGGUGCACACAGUCCGGCCCCAAGACCCAAGGACACGAGCGCCCAGUCAGAAAUCUAUAGUGUAGUGGCUGUCCAUGUCCCUGCUGAAAAGGAUCAAGAUUUUCAGCAGGCUACCAUUGAAGGUAGAGGAACUAGUAACCUGCCAUUGUCUUCCAGUGGAGAAAGCUGGGAUAAAGGUGAAACAGGUCCAAAGCUGACCUCACAUGGAGCACCACCAUUACUCAAUCUGGACGCUUGUGAGAGCAAUCCAGACAAGCCACUGCUAUUGCAAACAGUGCGCGAUACCAAUGGACAACUUAUGUUGCCUUUACUCACUUUUCAGUUACAGAGCAGCACAGGUGACACAGUAUCACCCCUCAACUCAGAGAGAAGACCCCUUUUAUCUGACCUCAUAGACACCAAGAAGGAGGGGCCAUCAUUGGCAUCCUUGCAGAGCUUAGACAGCUCCGAGUGGUCAGACUCAGGGUGUGAUGAUAGCACUGUAAACACACCAACCCAGUCGUACUGCAACACCCAUUAUUCCCCAUCUCAACCUGUUCCUGAUUUCCACCAAGGAUGUCAGAACACACCAUGUAGUGAUGCCAUAUUUGAAUCAGGUUACAAACAAAACUGGAUGCCUGCAAUCCUUCUUGGAACUGCAUCCAAAGACAGUUGUGAAUACAGAAGGACGAGCUAUCCUUGGACCAUGACGGGUUCCAAAAAGGAAGAGGAAGGUGAGGAAGACAGAGGAGGAGAGGAGAGUUCAAGGCAAAUUCUUCUGGGAGGUUGGGUGGUACAAAUGAAAGAAUAAUUCUCCUCUCUAUAAAAGACGUUUCAUCACAGUACCCUUUGCAAAAGGAGGAGGAGGAAGUUGAUGGGAGCACUGACAGGUGCUUUAGUGACAAUGCAGAACUCAGGCAGAUGAGAUGGUUUUGCUGUCUGUGUGGCUGAUGAUGCAGAGACAGAUGUUUAAACUUUCCUUAAACAGGUCCAGUGUGUAGGAUUUAGUGGCCUCUAGCAGUGAAAUUGCAGUUUACAACCAUUUGAACACUGUCUGCUUCACCCUCUCCUUCCAAGCUUGUAGGAGAAACUACGGUGGCUGUGAAACUCAUGAAAAACGCGAACGGCCUUAUCUAGAGCCAGUGUCCAUUCUGGGCUACUGUAGAAACAUGGCCACCUCUGUGGAAGGGGACCCGCUCCUUAUGUAGAAACAGCUUUUUUUAAGAAAUGAAAACAAAACAAUUCUUAUUUUCAGGUGAUUAUACACUAAUGAAAACAUACUUAUAAAUAAUAUAUUCCAUUCCUGCCAAUAGCGCCUCCAAAAUAUUACACACUGGACCUUUAAACAUCCAGAUUUAUUCUCUUGGUCCUUAAACACAUUUCAUUCCUAGUUGUGAUAUGUUAUGCUUUGCUGUAAAUCUAAUUUUAUUUAUUAAUCCACAAUUGCACAAUGUUAAAAAUAAGUAUGGAGUAUGGAUACUCCAAAAUUGUGAGUUUACAUUUAAAGAAAUCAUUGUAUAUACAUUGUAAAGUCCUUGUUUACUUUGUCAACUCAUUGUUUAACAAAAUAACCACAUUUUUACAAAACAGAAUUUGUAUUUAAAAAAGAUUGUUGAAAACUGAACCCAAAGUUAACUUACUUAUCUACACCACAAACGCAUGACAAGAGUGACUGUUUUGUGCCCCAAUGUAUCACAGGCAGCAAAGGGAUUAUAGCAACUUCUAUAUAAAGUUUAAAUCAUACCUUAAUCAUCAAUAUUUUUUACAUUGUUACGAUAGUCUAAAGCUGUGUUCAGACAGCGAAAAGCUCUAAUUUGUUUGCAUAGUGAAAAACAAAAAACAAAAAAACAUGAUCACACCCAUCAUGUUUGCACUGUAAGUGGUUUGGUUCUUUAAAUUCAACUCAGUCAGACAACUCAAAGUGUUUUCACUUUGAAAAGGGCUGCAACCAAAAUAAAAAGCAACCAAAACUCUAAGUCAUCACACAUAGUCAGCAAGAGCAUUUGUGUGCCAUCACUAUGACGACACAUUAUUCCAACUGAUUACAUUCUCUAAAUACACAAAACACAAUCUGGUCAUUUUUAAAUUACAAUGUGGACAAUCAGCCUUAAAGAUUAGAUAUGAAGACAAACCUGAUAGCCAUGUGGUAGAACAAAGCAUUAGACACAGUCUGACGCCUAUUGUUACGUUUUGAACCGUUUGAAAUGGGACUAAAAUGGACUAUAUUUCUACUAGAAAUGAAUAUAUUCCUAUUUUUACACUCCCCAACAUAUUUUAGUAUUAUCAGUGUGGUUUUAAGUACAUGGAAUGAUUACAUCUAUUCAGAAAAAAUUGUUGUUUGCCCCCCCCACCACACACACAAAGUUCUUGAACUCAUUUUGUUCUCCUCAUUGUUUGCUGUUCUUUUAGGAGAAGAAAAUACAGUGUGUAAAAUAUAUUAGAAGGUGGGGUCAUGGUGCAACCUAAGCCACACUGAUAACAACUAGGUUUUUAAUAGACUGAGUGCAAUGUUAUUAUACACAGUUGUAAAGUAAUAACGUUGGGUGUGUGCGAUGAGAGUCACAUAUGGACGCAUUUUAGUGCACAAUACAGUUGUACAUAUAUAUUGUGGAUGAAAGUGUCUGCCGAAUGAAUGUAAAUGAAUUAAUGUAAUAUAAAGUUGCAACUUUGUUUUAUUCUGUAUUUACAGUUUGUGAAUUUCUACUAAUGUUUAUGUUGGGAAGUUCAUGUUGGAAAGGUUGAGAUGUAAGAUAUUAAACACUGAAAAAAAUUACCUAA